AUGCUGCACUGCAACGGACGUUUUCGGUUGUUAUUCCCGCAAUAGAAUCACAACAGAAUCAUCAAUGAGUCACCAUCUGCCACAGGAUUCGCAGCAUGGGGAGCGUGGCAGCCACAGCAAUCGUGGCAUCAUGGAUUUACGUAAUCUCUGCCAGCGUCUGGAUGUGGAUAGUCUCAAAGCCAAAUUGCCAUCGUUGUCACAAUUGAAGUUGCCAAAAUCGUUGCCCAAACUUCGUGGAGCGCGUCGCAUCUUUCGCAGUUCCCGCGAGAAUGUCAACGCCAAUUCAGGGUCAGGUCAAGGGUCAGCUGCAGCGACUGGAGGAGGCGUAGGAGGAGUAGCAACUGGAGGAUUAGCUGUGCCUCAAGCACAGUUCAUUAAUCGAACGCCGCAACGCAUUUCGACAAUCAGUUCGCUGAUGCACGAAGAGGCGGUGGGUCAUCAGGGUCAACAGGAUCAUCAGGUGUCGCUGUCGUCACAUCAUCAUCUGCAACCGAUUGGGGCAACCUAUUGCAGUGCUGGCAGUCUCGAUGAUGACUAUUAUGCACCAUAUGGCAGCAAUACAGCGGCACGUGUCUCACGUCCAAUUAGUCCCGUUAAGAUGCCACCGCCAUCUGAUGCAGCUGGCGAGGCGCCACAACGUGUCAGUCUGACGCAACGUCUGCAACGUGGCUACAAAAGUCUCAGCGAGCUGCGGCUAAAACAUCUGUUUGCCAAGCAAACAACAAUUCGACGGGAUGGCAUCGAGGUUCAACAUUAUGUGGAGCAAUACGAGAGGGAUCGACGGGUCGAGCAGUUGGCGCAGGCACGAAGAGAUCGACAGAUUGCCGACAAUUAUGACAUACACAUAAGAACGUUGCCCAUAACACGGCAGAAUACGCUAAGGCUCGAGGGAAAGGAGAAGGAGGGCAUUGUGGAGCAAGUGCAGCGACGUCAUGCGGAGCUCAGUGGCGAUGAGAGUGGCUUGGAGACGCCACCAGCGCCAGCAGCAGCAUUGCGGCGCAAGAAACCCGGCAUAGCUGCCACAAGAUUCGGCAAAGUGCGUCAGCCACCGCUACAGAUGCCGGUGGAGCAGCAACUGGAGGAGCACACGGAGAAGUCAGCUAUGCGUCAAGCGAUGCGGCAGAAUCUUAAACGUUUGCGUAAAUCCAUUAAGCGAGUGCAUCAACAACAACAACAACCAAGACAAACGACAGAUGACACUGAUAAUGAUGAUGAUGGGGAUGAAGAGAUUAAGAUGAGAUCCAGAUCCAGCACGGCCAGCACAUUGCGUGCACGCUUGAGAAGAUUCACGUCCAGUGAGCAACUGCAGCAGCGUUGGCGCAAAAGUUUCAAGGCCAGCGAACCACAGCCAAGUGAUAUCGAAGCUCGUCGAAGAUCGCAAGCAGGAGAAACCGGAGGAGCCGCUUCUGGUGGUGUCGCUGCCCAGCUGGAGCGUACAAUGACCAAGCUGAAUGAGAAGAUGCAUCAGCUCAAGUUUUUUCAGCACUUCGGUGGAAGGACACCGCGGGCAUCGCAGGAAUUGGGCAAUAAACCCAACACAGUGGGACGUGAACCCAUCGAGAUUGAUGAUGAGGAGCUGGCGGGAACCUAUCAUCACAGCGACAGCAGCAGCGACGACAGUGGACACGAGGAUGCAUUCGGACAGGAGGAGGAGGAGCAUCAACAACAACAGCAGCCACCAGAAGAGCAAUCUCCCAUGCUGGUCAAGCAUCAGACAAUGGCAACGCUUGCACAGCUCCAGGCACACUCAUCAACGGCUUGGAGCAGUGAGUCCCUCGAGGAGGAUGGCUCUGUGGACCAACAGUUGGCAUCCACCGCCUCCGAUUAUCCUCGUGUCCUCAUCCACCAACAGCAUACGGAUGCCUACGAGUCCACAUUGAUAAUAGCGGUUACGACAACGCCACCAUCGCCAUCGACGCCAUCGGUACCAUCAGUACCAUCGACACCACCAGCACCACCACAAGCACGCAGCACUCUUCAUCAGUGGGUGCCCAACGAACAGAUCAUUGCCGGCUUCAAGGAGCAACAAUUGCCAACUGGCAUUUGGCCAGCGCCGGCUUUGUAUAAGCCCAAGAGCGUAGACAUCUUCGAGAGCGAUGGCGGAGCAGCCUUUGCCGACUUCGAUGAGGCGUUGCGCAAUGCACCCGUGCUGAGGAUUAGCGCCGGCAGCAGCUUGGACAGCAACGAGGAUGCUUAUGACAGCAGCUCGCGGUUGACGAGGAUUCGGGUGCAGACGGCAAGGAUUGGCAACAGCUGUGAGAGUCUCAUGGAACAGCAGCCGCUGGAAGAUGAUGAUGUAGAGGAGGAGGAAGAGGAGGAGGAAGAUGAGGAGGAAGAGGAGGAGGAAGAGCCGGAUGGGGACGAUGAAGGCGAGCAGGAAGAAGCGAAGCAAGAGAAAGAAAAGCAGAAGAAGAAAGAAGAUCUGGUGUCGGAACGUCCGCCAUCGGUGUCACCACCACCACCACCCUUGCCACAGCGACGUCCACCGCCACCCGCUAUCAUGGCGCCCAUCUAUGAUGCAGUGCCUCCGCCAUUGCCCAUUAGCAAGCCACCAACAAUAGCUGCCCCCGUUUCCACUUCUCCAUCACCCGUGCCAACUCCCACAGCUUCGGUGGCCAGAUUGCCACAGCGCAGCAUCUCAAUGACACGUCCUGGCAAGCCGCUGGUCAAGACCAGCUCACUGCGUCUCACCUACAAAGAACAGAUGCAUCCCGGUGAUGUCGGCAAGGUCAACAAAUUGAUCUCACGCUUUGAGGGCAGACCACGACUCUGUGCACGUCGCCUCCAUAGCGAGGAGUUGACCAUUUGCAGUGAUGAGGAAUCGGAGGAACUGCCGCCGACGCCAACGCCAGCCAAUGUCAAGCGAAAUAACAAUAUACCCGACAUUGUAACCACUCAACCCGUCAACAACAGCAACAGCAACAACAACAACAACAAUAAUAAUAAUAAUAAUAGUACUCUAUGUGAGGAUUCAAUUCAACAGCAGAUUCAAUUGAACUUGGAUCGACAGAAUUCAAAUUGUAGUCGCAGUGAAUAUGGCUCCCCCCUCUCGUAUCCACAACGACGCAGCUCAACACCCACCAUGCUCAUCACGACAAGUGGUUCAUCGAAAGCUCUAGCACCACAAUCACCACAGCAAUCCCAAUCCCAAUCCCAGCCACAAUCACAGCUGCUGCAGCAACGGGCACAGGCUCGACGUAGUCGACGUUCCAUGACCCGCGACGAUGACAACUUUUACAGCUUUGACAGCGAUGAAGAGAACAGCUACUACUCCAUUAGUCCCUCUAGCAGCAGUCGCUAUGUGGUGGAGAUUUGAACAUGGAACGAUUAGACCAUAAAUCCAUAAGGAAUUCUCGAUCAAAAAGCACCAACAAUCAAAAAUCAACGUAAUUCUCAAACGACAGAAAUUCUAAAAUAGAUAUGCUGACGAUUUUCACAUAUAUCAAAUGAUUCUUCAGUCUAAAAUCACACGAGAAAUCCUAAAGCUUAAAGUAAAACUUAAGGAAUAGACUUGAGUUUGGCUUAUAUACAAAGCGGAAGAAUCUUCUUCAAACUUAUAAAGAAAAAAAAAACAGAUAUCCAAACUCUUGAUAGUUGGUUACGCUGUAAAUUUGACUUUAAGAUUCUUCCUCUGUAUAUCACAUACCAAAGAAAUUCUCAAUUAAAAACCAUCCAAA